AGCUCAUAUGGUUUCAUGUGGUGUGGCGUGUAAUUAAAUUUCAAUUUAUUACUGAGCCAUUUAAUUAUAACUUAUAUGUAUUAAAAUUAGUUUAGAUUUAUGUUUAAAAUUUACUUAAGUCUAUAAUUAUUUUUUAUAUUUGUCAAAAUGCCUGAUAUGAAGUAUAUAUUGGUCACUGGCGGAGUUAUAAGCGGCGUUGGGAAAGGCGUGAUUGCUAGUUCAUUUGGCACGAUUUUAAAGAGUUGUGGUAUCGAUGUGACUUCAAUAAAAAUUGAUCCAUAUAUAAAUAUUGACGCCGGUACAUUCUCGCCAUACGAACAUGGUGAAGUUUACGUGUUAGACGACGGAGGCGAAGUCGACCUUGAUCUUGGCAACUAUGAGCGAUUUUUGGACAUUACUUUACAUAGAGAUAAUAAUAUUACAACAGGCAAAAUAUACCAGCAGGUUAUAGAAAGAGAGAGGCGUGGGGAUUAUCUUGGCAAAACAGUGCAAGUUAUUCCUCACAUAACAGAUGCUAUACAAGAGUGGGUGCAACGAGUAGCUCAUAUCCCUGUGACACCAGAAAACACUCCACCACGUGUGUGCAUAGUGGAACUUGGUGGCACUAUUGGUGAUAUAGAAGGGAUGUCAUUUGUUGAAGCAUUCAGACAGUUCCAAUUUAGGGUUAAGAAAGAAAAUUUUUGCUGUGCACAUGUAUCAUUAGUACCAACGCCAAAAUCUACUGGGGAGGCCAAAACCAAGCCAACACAAUCGUCAGUGCGCGAGUUACGAGGCUUAGGCUUGUCGCCGGAUUUAAUACUAUGUCGAUCUGAGAAACCUAUCAACCACACAGUCAAGGAGAAGAUAUCUAACUUCUGUCACGUGGGUCCUGAACAGGUAAUCUGUAUACAUGAUUUGAGUUCAGUGUAUCAUGUUCCUUUACUAAUGGAGAAUCAAGGUGUUGUACAGUACCUGAAUGAGAGGCUACAGUUGAAUAUAUCUAUGCCACGUCCUGGAAGAUUCAUGCAAAAAUGGAGAAAUCUCGCAAAGCGAGUCGAUAAUUUACGCAAAGAAGUUAACAUAGCAUUAGUAGGAAAGUACACUAAACUUGAAGACAGCUAUGCCAGUGUCACUAAGGCACUGCAACACGCGUGUAUCGCCUCAGGCUGUAAGCUCAAUCUCACAUACAUUGAGGCUGUAAAUUUAGAGAAACAGAUGAAAAUUGAUGAUCCAGUUAGUUACCAUAAAGCAUGGCAGGAUCUCUGCAAGAGCGAUGGUGUCAUAGUCCCAGGUGGUUUUGGUCAAAGAGGAAUGGAGGGUAAAAUCGAAGCAUGCGAAUGGUGCCGUGAAACACAGAAACCAAUGCUCGGCAUUUGUCUCGGUUUACAAGCUGCAGUAGUGGAGUUUGCUAGGAACGUUUUGGGGCUGAAGGGCGCUAACAGCACCGAAGUUAAUCCACAGUGUAAUGACAAAUUGGUGAUAGAUAUGCCUGAACAUCAUACAGGAAAAUUAGGUGGUACCAUGCGCCUGGGGAAAAGGAAAACAUACUUAGAACAAAGUGUUAUUACUCGACUAUAUAAUAAAGAUGUGAUAGAAGAACGACACAGACAUCGCUAUGAAGUAAAUCCCGAGUACAUAGAGAGUCUCGAAGCGGCUGGUCUUCGGUUUGUUGGUAAAGACGAAACCAAGACACGCAUGGAAGUGGCGGUGGUGGAUUCUCACCCUUAUUACGUUGCUGUACAGUUCCAUCCUGAAUACUUGUCAAGGCCACUGUCACCAAGCCCGCCAUUCUUAGGAUUAAUAUUAGCGUCACUUGGAAAACUAAAGAGUUACUUAUCCAGAGGCUGCCGGUUCAGUCCUCGGAAUCAGUCAGAUGUUAGUUCAGAUGAAGAAGACAUUUUAAGUUUGAUUGAAGACAACAAAUCAGUUAUUGAAAAUGGCAAACCAACGAAUGGUACGCAUGAAUAAGAAGUGAUUAGAUUAUGGGUAAUACAUUUUUAGUUACAAGUAGAAUUUGUAUAUUUUUUUUAUUUUGAUGGAGUAAGUCACGUAUUAUAUUUAGAAAUAAAUGUGACGCUAUUUCGUGUAAAUUGUACCUUCAUGGAUGAAUUUUAUGGCCAAUAUUUAACUCUCAUUAUGGCCAUAAAAAUAUAGUUAUAGCUUCCCUCUUUGAAUAUGUAAGAAAUUUAUAUUAAUAUUGGUCAUAAAAUAUUUAACAUUAUUAUUCAUUUAUAAAUCAAACACAUAACGACCUUAUUUUAAAAAUUAGAGUGAUCUUUUCUUUUAUUUGCGCAAUUUUUUCAAUGUGAAAAAACAUUAAUAAUUCAUAGAGCUUACGUUUAUAUAUGUAUAAUGAAUAUUAUUUAAUAGUGCUCAUUAAUAUUCCCUUAAGAAUAAGUUUGCGUUUAAAUUAUUAUCUAGUUCACUCUAUAGUAUCGCUCUAUGAAGUUAAAACUCUCAUUACUCUGUAGUUAUGAUAUUUGUUACCUCUCUAAUUGUAUCACUUUUUAUGUCAUUCGGAUGUAUUUUUUAUUCUACUUAAUUUUUAAUUGCAUGAUAUUAAAGCACCUUCUUAUUGUUGUCUAAUUAUUGUUGUAGGAUUAAUAAAACAAUUCUUUUUUUUUACAGUAUAUUACUGUUAAAAAUACCUAUAAACAAAAUGGUAGUAUUUAAACAGUUACAUUUAAUAGACAACAACAUACAACUUUU